AUGAGCGGAGUACGUCUUAUCUCCUCCCUCAGAGCGCCUCCUCUUCCUCCUCGGCGUCCUCCGAGGUCUGAGCAGGUGCAAUCUCCGAAGGCCGAAGGGGACGGUUCGUUUCCAGUAGAUACUUCGCGCAGGAGUGCUUCACUGUCGCUUCUGUCUCUCGCGGCUUUUCCCGCUUUGGCCAUCUCCGAGUGGUGUCCGCCGGUCGCCGCCUUCUCGCUUGGCAUCUGUAAGUCCGUCCAGCACUCAGGUCGUUUUCUUUGGCAAAUUUUAUCCUGUAUUCUAUCGUUUCAUCUUGGAUCCGGUGUCAGCGGGACCAAAGGAAUGGCUGAGAGACCAGAAGAAGAAUGCUGCUCGUUUCGUCUUGGCUCCCAUCGAUGCCUCACGCCGAGGCCUUCAGUCUGCCUACCUCCUGCUUUGUAAGCGUCAUCGCCAUUACCAUAUUCUUGUUCCUUCUCUUUAAUAUGCUAUGUACUUAAUGUUAAGAAUUCUCUGUUCUCCAUCUCCAUUAGCAGCCAGGGAUCCCGAAUCCCGGUUGGAGGAUCCUGGACAGGUACGUAAGUUGCUCAACUCGGCAGCAAGGGAUUGCGUUGCCGAAGAUAGGGGUUCGAUAGUCGCAUUUCAAGCACGUACAGGGGUAGAGGUCAGAUUUUAAUUCGCUCCUCUAUUUUUAUUUUUAUUUUUUUUACUUUUUACUUAAAUCAACUCGAUUUCCAGUGAGAAGAGAUCGCUCUUCACAUUUUCACAAAUUUUUUUUCAGUAACUGUAUAAGAAUAUCAGUAACUGCAUUUUUAAUCUGUCUAAUGGCUAUUCAUUGAAACUUUUGUAUAACUAUGUGAUCAGGUCUGCACAUUUCGUUUGAUUCUGACUAAUGCGUCCUCGUUGCUCGACAAGUAUGAUCCUAUCAAGUUGGAAGCUGAAGCCAAACUUGAUACGCUUAUAAGGUAGCCACUCUAGCCCAUUGUUUGUGCUCUUCUGCCCUGAAUCUAACGGUAUUUGAUGGUGAUGCAUUAGAGCUGACUGUUGAAAUACGUUUCUCCAUUCGCGAUCCCUUGUUUAUGCCAGCUUACUUGUAUGUGCUAGACUUCAUUUGUAUUUACUGGAACUACUAGGACUGAAAAAAAAUAAAUUCCAUUUGAAACCUAAAAAAAUGAUUUGCGGUUUAAUUUAGGAAACAGGCAACUUCCGAUAUAAUGGAAGAAAAAUUAAGUAUACCAUUGAAUAUUUCCGUUAUUUAUUUUAGUGUAUUUCACAUUAUUCAGCUUGACUGAAUAUUCGAACUUGUAUCUGAAAAAAAUCCAUCAGUUGCAUAAUCCAACAUGAAACAUUUGAAACUCAAACAUCGGUGUUCCCUGAUUAAGGAAAUCUGAGCCCGUGUUACAGCUCCUCUUGGAUCAUUGCAUCCACUCGAUAGUUAUUCUCACUUUUGGAUAGUUGAUUAAGUUGCCAAAGUCAUAAGUUUAUUCCUUGAGUUUACAUUUUGCUCUAUAUUUCGUCUUCUGGAUUACAGAAGAUUUCUUUUGUAAAUGGAAGACGGGCCCUGACAGAAGAUUUCAAGACAUCCUGAACAAUGUUGAGGUAAUCUUGGGGCUCACUCAGUGGACAUUAGGCAAUAAUGGAAAAGCAGUAGAGAUAGCUUUGUACCCAUCAGUUAGCCUGUCGAAGCUCUCAUUAAAACCCCUGUAUUGGCCAGGUAUCCCUAAUUGUACUCUGUAAAAGGCUGACAUGAGGCAGACAGUUGACUUUGAAACUUUACCAAAUCUUCCAAGUGUUUUAUUGACCACAGCUAACACCAGAUCGACAAGCCCAGUCUCAUGAUGAUGGUGUUAACGGUAAUAAAUUUUUUAUUCUAUUGAAAAGAUGGGUUUUCCUCAUGAAUAGCAAACCGCCCGCUGAAACUUGAGUUUCGAAAUUAGAUUAUAUAUUCUAAUGCGCCACUUAAAUUAGAUAUCUUGAUCAGGAUAUGAUAUUUGUCUCAAGAAUCAUCCUUUCUGGUUGGGAUAUAUUCCUAUUAAGGGGGAAUACAAUGAUGGACAAAAUGUUAGCCUAAUUGGUAAAUCUAGUAGGGGUCUUUGAGGAUCUUCUUUGCCUUAAAUUGCAAAUUCUCUGUUGUAGAUGUGAUUUAUUCUGAAAUGGCAUUGCGAAAGAAUAAUUCAUUGAUUCCGUGAUGAAUCUUCACACUUUUGUAGGUCAUUCACACUCCUUGGAAAGAUGAUAGACGAUGCUGACCUACAGCUUGACUCGAAUAGGUUAGUCUGCUUUCAACAAGCAUAACACCAUUUUCGGUCGCUUCAAAUAUCUGUGCUAGUUCUCUUUCAAUAUGAUGAUAUCUAUUUAAGUUUUUAUAACUGUGAGGCUUCGUUGGAUGCCAUCAUUUUUUUUUAAUUUAUUGAGGCUGAACGUCAGAUCCCUAGGCAUUUAGAAUUAUUAACUUCUGAAAAACGUCAAUUUUUAUGAUACAUCAAGAUGCGCAGUGCCCAUAUUAAAGUGUUUUCGUUUGUCUUCUUCCAAGAAUUUGUUGCCUCUGGCAAUAGUUUUAUAUUUUUUUCUUGGUUCGCUAUUAGAUUUAUUUAUUUAUUUAUUAAUGCUCGCAUUAUGACCGGGAAUUUUCUGGCGUGUUUGACUCCAAUAGUUUAUCUUUUUCUGAGUUAUGUUUCACCACGAGUUAACUGGGACACUUUUUGGUGUAGAAGGACUCAUGACACUUCUUUUCCCGUUUCUGCAGGCAGAGGGUGAAAGUUGGCCUAAAUGACACCAUUUUUGCCCUAGGAAAAUUUGAGGAAAGCAUUAAAGACUGUCUAGGUGUCUAA